AUGAGCACAAAGGCCGGCGAGUUCGCAACUUGGGAUUUGGAUUGCGAACAAGCAUUUGAGGUCGCGCUGCCGCCUCGAUGGGAGUUCCGAGACCGGGCCUUUGGUUCGCCUGGCAUCUGGAGACCUUUCAAUGAGGCUGUAAGUGCUGAGAUCAAUGCUUUAGUGCGGCGUGGUCAGCGCCGUGGAAACGUGUCCAUCAAUGGAGCAGAGUUUGCUGUGGACCUGCAGGAUAUGGUGGCCAUGCCAACGGAUCAAUAUGCAGUUCCACGGGGUCUGCGAAAAAAAUGCGCGACAACCAACGUGAACAAGAAGGCAUUGCGACAGCUGUACCAAAAGUACGCAGAGGAGUUGCCACCAGCUGAUCAUCCUGCAGGGCCGGAUGGCAUUGCUGGCGACAAAUUUCUUGAGCUGUUCAAGGACUUGGAGGUGGAUCCCGGCACAGAUGUUGCAGCCCUCGCACUUUCUUCUGCUUGCGCUGCUGCAGAGAUGGGUGUUUUUCGAAGGCGAGAAUUCAUUUGUGGCUGCGCUGCAUUGGAGGUUGACAACAUUGCAGACCUUCGCGGCAAAAUGCCGGAACUGCGAGAUAAUGUCUUAUCGGGCAGGUCAUUGCCUGAAGUUUAUGCGUACACUUUCGGAGUUGCCCUGGAGCCCCCUUGCAAACUGUUGCCCCUUGAAGAGGCUGCACAGUACUGGGCUCUCCUAUUGCCAAACUGGCCUUUGAGGGAGGACUUCUGUGAAUGGGCGAUGAGGCACAUGAAAGGGAAGGCCAUCAACAGAGACUUGUGGAUGAUGAUCUUGAAGCUGGCGACUGAAGUCCCAGCAGACUUGUCGACUUUUAAUGAAAAUCCUGCCUGGCCCGUUGUCCUCGAUGACUUCGUCGAGUGCGCAGAGCAUCUUCAGAGGAAAGACGUCUUAUAUGUUCAAUGCAUAGGAAUCAUGUGUUUCUGCGAACUGUAG